AUGGCGGCCUGCGUCGACAAGUGGAACCCAGCAUACUCCUGCCACCGCAUCUCCCGAUCCAUCUACCGCUUCCUGCCGGACUGCACCGUCGCCGCACCGGCGGGCGCGCCCGUGAGCGGGAACGGCGGCUGCUGCAACGGCGGCGACGAGGUCUGGGAGGAGCUGUACGGCGAGGCGCAGGCCGACGCGCAGGACGAGCCGCUGCUGGGCAUGUUCUACUCCGAGCUCGUCCUCUCGCACCCGACGCUGGAGGCCGCCCUCGCCGCGCACCUGUCCGCCAAGCUCUGCAUCCCGGGCGCGCUGCCGCGGGACGCGCUCCGGGACAUCCUCGCGGGCGCGCUGGCCGCGCACCCGGAGGCGAGCCAGCACACGCGCGCCGACCUCCUCGCGGCGCGGGACCGCGACCCGGCCUGCGCCAAGAUGGUCCACUGCUUCCUCUACUACAAGGGCUUCCUCGCCCUGCAGGCCCACCGCGCCGCGCACGCGCUCUGGUCCGAGGGCCGCCGCCCGCCGGCGCUGCUCCUCCAGAGCCGCGCCUCCGAGGUGUUCGGCGUCGACAUCCACCCCGGGGCGCGCAUUGGCGGGGGCAUCCUGCUCGACCACGCCACGGGGGUCGUCAUCGGCGAGACGGCGGUCAUCGGCGACGACGUGUCUAUCCUGCACGGCGUGACGCUGGGCGGCACGGGGAAGGCUUGCGGCGACCGGCACCCCAAGGUCGGCGACGGGGUCCUCAUCGGCGCCGGGGCCAGCGUGCUGGGCAAUGUGCGCAUCGGCGCCGGAGCGAAGAUCGGGGCGGGCGCGGUCGUGCUUAGGGACGUGGCGUGUGGAACCACGGCCGUCGGAAACCCGGCGAAGCCGAUCGGGAAGAAGGCGGCGCCGUCGCUCCGGCCAGAGGAGCAACCAGGGGUGACCAUGGAGCAGAGGUGGUCGGACUACGUCAUAUGA